GCGGCGGCGCCGGGGGCGGGGCCGGCCGAGGCGGAGGCGGGGCUGGCGGUGCGCGUGUGGUGGCACGGGCGCGCGCGCGAGGCGCGCCUGCUCUACCGCACGCCGCCCGGGCGCGCCUUCGACGUGGCCGUGCUGCAGCUGGACGACGCCCACGCCCACGACGCCCACGACGCCCCGCGCGGGCUGCGCAUCGCCGCCACCCCCGCACGCAGAGGUGAGCGCGUGCUGGCCGCUGGCUUCGCGCUCUUCUCCGAGCAGGACGCGCGCGCGGGCGACGGCGCGGGCGUGAGGCCGCUGCUGGCCGCGGGCGAGAUCGCAAGAGCGCGCCCAGCGCUUCUGCAGACGACGUGCGUCGCGCAAUCGGGUGCCAGCGGCGGCGCAGUGCUGCGGCCGACUGGCGAACUGCUGGCAUUGCUCGUCUGCAACGUUCGCGACGCCCUGUCUGGCGCUCUCUAUCCUCACUUCAGCAUGGCUGCGCCAGCCGCUGCGCUGCGACCCGCCCUGCUUCGUUAUGCCGCCACAAGAGAUGUACGAGUAUUACAAGAAUUAGAGAGCUGUGAUCCGUGUGUGCAGCGCCUGUGGGAACUUCAAGUGCCUGCUGCCAGCUGCAAACUUUAGAUAUUCUUUAAAGUUAAAUUUAGAUAAACUUUAGAUGGACUUUUAAGAUAUCCUCCUAUUCUUAUUUUACUGGCAGUGUUUUGUCCAUUCAAUCUAAUUUGUUGUGAUAUUUUAAGCGUCAAUACAUUUCAAACUUCAAAGAAUAUUGUUAUCUUUAUAUUUUAUUUUUAUGACGGGGAUGGAUGCUUUUGGAUGAAAUAAAAAUAAUGUAUACACAAAAUAUUUUUUUUAAUUGUACCUAAAAUUAAUAAAUAUUUUUUUGGAUCCUG